UCAGAAAUGCUAUCAGUGAUUGGUCGAGUGCCGGGUCUGUUUCGACUGCAGAAGACCCUGACUGCCGACCAGGUGGCGCUGCUAUACCGCGAGCCCGGGGUGCUGGGUGGGUACAGACAGGCUCACCGCAGCACGGCCUACUACGUGGCAAGUGCCGUGCAGAUAAACAAUGAAACCGUCAACGUCUGGACUCACUUGGUCGGGUUUCUUCUCAUACUCUACAGAUUCGUCUACUACACUGAUGGCUUCCAGGUUUCAGAUCAACGACUUUGGCCCCUCUUAGGAUUCUGCACGUGCUGUUUACUCUACACAGGGCUUAGUGUCUGCGCACAUGUUGUUCAUUCCAAGUCGCAUCUUGUGCAUUACACUUGUUUCCAGUUAGACUACGCUGGUAUAGCACUCUACGCCUUUGGAGGGGCUUUACCCAUUUACUUUGACGGGGCAGAUACCAACACUAGAUUAACAUUUGAGCCAGUAUUUCUGCCCACUAACCUGUUGUUAAGUUGGCUUUGUUUCGUCUGCUGUUGUUUCGCUAAGCUGAGAUACAGACGACCGUACCCGUUUCGCAGAAAGCUGUUCCAAGUGAUUCCGUUUGGCAUUCACGGAAUUCUUAACUCUUCCAUGUUAGCACCUCGAGCUCUCCGAUGUUACCAUGACAACUGUGAUGACCCAGCUCUAGCUAUUUACAAAGACAUUCUAACAUUGGCUGUGUUAACUGCCAUAACAUUUUCUACUCAUCUUCCAGAAAAGAUGUGGCCGGGCGUGUUUGAUUUUGUGGGUCAAGGUCAUCACUGGUUUCACGUUCUCAGCGUGCUGCUAACUCUGCGACAGUGCGACGCCGCGUACCAGGAUGCACUGCGGCACCAAGAGGCGGAGCCCGCGGUUCACCUCCGCACUCUGCUUGCCCUGGUGGCCGCCCUAUGUGCGCUGUGUGUGGCCACCGUCGUCCUGAUGAGGCCCUUCGUUCUGAGGAGAAUCGAGCAGGACAAGCUGCUAGACAAAACUCACUAAAAUAUGUGCCAACGCAUAUAAGACAGGUGGCCGCUGAUUACAGGCUGCCAUAUAUAGUCUUAAAAAUAUAUGUUGCUAUUGUUUCUUUUUUACCGUCUGUGCUCCAUAGUUGACUAUAUACGUAAAUUCAACUUCGUACCUGUCGCCUUCUUCAGAAAUUAUGCGAAACUGGAGUUUCUUCCUUCAAUCGUCAAUCGUUGUAAAACAUGAGUUAUGACGUCACGCGUAUGUAGAAAUCGUCUAGAACCGGGGUGCUAUACAGAUUUAUUUAGCACCGUGCAAAAGCUGGCUAAUUCAGUCCAGUGGGCAAGAACAAUCUUUAUUACAUACCUGUUCAAUCUUACUAUAGUGAUAAAGACAUUUUAAAACCGUGUGGUAAAUUUGUUUUGUAUCGCACAUAUGCGAUAUGGACAGGAACUUAUAAAUGGGAAAUUCCCUUUUUCUUUUUAGUGCAGUUGUCGCCUUUUAUUUACAGAUGUCAUAUAUGAUUUACAAAUGACGUCACAUCGUAUUUGAAACAUUACACAAGGUUGCCGCAGAGUAUGCUUUUUAGCGUUACGUAAAUCCAUGAAAGGAGUUUUGAUAAUAGAUUUAUCAAAGUGUUGUUAUGACGUUCUUAUAAAUCAUAAAAGAAGGUCUGUAAUAAAUACAGAACUUCACAUACGUUGUUUUCGCUUCCUAUUUAAUGCACUCAUUUAUUUUGCGAAAGAACAUACCACGAGACCGCUAGCGCAAUAUCCUCUAUAUUCUUGCGCAAAAUAAACUCGUGCAAUAAAUAGGAAGCGAAAACGACGUAUGUGAAGUUCCAAUCUGAUUAAAGUUAGCUCUACUGGUCUACCAAAUGUGCCACCCACUGAAAUUAUGCAGAUACCAAGACACAAGAACGUUCAAAGUAUAAACAAUUACUCAGGGCACUCAGUCACCUCAUUUGCAACGAACCAGUCACGCCGUCCCAUGAAAUCGUGUCGACACGUGCGAUUGAUAAUGGUGUGUCCUUUUCACAGCCCGUUUCACAGUCGCACACUCUAGCCGUGAACACUUCCAAUUCCGAAUUUGUGCAUUCACUGUUUUCAGGUGCUAUAUACGGAGGUACUUUCAAUAUUAACGUUUGUCCGCAAUCAACAUCCGCGCCAGCUAGCAGUGUUGUGACUCCGUCACUUGACCCACAGUAAGCUUGACUGAUUCGUUGCAAAUGAGGUGAACCACAUUUACUGUUUCCUGGUUAUUACUUAAUUAGUAACGAGUUAAAUGUAUUAAUUCAAUUACUGUGUGUUUGUUUGCUUUUUAGUAUUAAAACAUGUUUUACAAUUUACAGCUGUUGAUACAUCUGUACUCUUGACUUGUGGGCGUAUAAAUAUGACGUCACUUUAGAACGGGUUGUGAUUUGGUUUUCAAGAUAUCAAAGAACAAAUAUUACUCCGCCGUUAAGGAAACGUUAGUUGUAAACAAUGACUGAAAUGUUCAUUUAGCAGGACAGCUCUUCGGUAAUAAACAUAAAUUUACAUUCGUGUCCAUGACAGACGAUGUUUACGACACUCGUGCCUAAAUUAUCGCUCUCGUUCGGGAAAUAUGAUAAUUUAAGCACUCAUGUCGUAAACAUCGUCUGUCAUGGACACUCAUAUACUAUCCUCUAUAUCUUACAUGGGAUACCACGCGCUUGCGUUUAACAUGACGUCAUUGGUAAUAUAUGACGUCAUAUUAAUGUGACAUGGUGACGUGAGGU